UUGGCGGGUGGAGGAGGAGGCCCAAGCGUUGCUGGGCGCCCUCCCGCUUCCUUCCCUCCGUGUCCUCCGCGGCUCUCUCGUGCUGCGCGGCCUCUCCGACGCAGGACUGUCCCGGCCCGGACAUGGCUCGUGGACAGCAGAAGAUCCAGUCUCAGCAGAAAAAUGCCAAAAAGCAGGCUGGACAAAAGAAGAAACAAGGACAUGACCAAAAGGCUGCUGCCAAAGCUGCCUUAAUAUACACCUGCACAGUCUGUAGGACACAAAUGCCAGACCCUAAGACCUUCAAGCAGCACUUUGAGUGGAGUCAUAAGACUCCACUUCCUCCAGAAUUGGCUGAUGUUCAGGCAUAAAGUUGUUUACAGGUGAUUUCAUAACACCUUUGAUUCUUCUACUGUCUCAGACCUUAGGUAACAAACCUGCGGCUGCUUUUCUAACAAACUGUUGAUCAGCAAAAAUAAAGGGGCUACAGAAACACUCAUUUUUAUGCUGUUCCCUUUUGGGCUUCAUGCAAAGACAAUUCUGUGUAAAUGUACAGUCGACUCUGAUUUGGAAAUCUGAAAAUCAGUUCAUCCUUGUUAAAAA